CAGUAACUUUAUGUGAAAGAUGGUUGUCAGUAUUUGUGGGGAUUUGUUGGUGCAUAUCAGAGAGCCUUUAAGUCGAAAAUAGCAUAUUAGACAGCAUCUAACAAUAAUAAAGCCCAAGUUAUUUUCUUGCAUUCAUCAGCUGACCAUCUGUGGCUCCUACUGGAGAUAUUUAUGACAGAAAUCUGAUUUUUAUUAAUCAUGUCCAGCCAUAUUGAAAAGAGGUUAAAACUUACAAUAGCAAGAUCGUGCCACUGAAAUGUAUGUAAUAUUGAUGUAAAGAUGAAGCAGAGAUUUACUUUCACUUACUUUGAACCAGAAGGAACAUUUUGGCUACAUUCCAAUACAGCUUGAUAGAGAAGUUCUGUUUCUAAAUUGAACAUGGCAACUGCAGAGCUUAAGCAUUUUGUGAGGUAUGGAAAGAAAAUUGCUGGUGCAGGAUUAAAUUAUAGAUCUCUUCUGACUGAAAGGAAUCUUCCUUUGCCCAAAGUGCCUGUAAUUUUUUUGAAACCAACUUCAUCAUAUAUUACUGAGGGUCAGUGUAUUGAAAUUCCACAUGGAUUUGUAGUGCAUGAAGAAGUUGAAUUGGGAGUAAUCAUCGGACAGAGAUGUAAGAAUAUCCCUGAAUCACAAAGCCUACAGUAUGUGGGAGGUUAUUGCCUAGCUCUGGACCUAACAGAAGUCAGACUAAUGAAAGAAAUAAGAGAGAAAGGCUUACCAUGGACAUUGGGCAAGGGAUUUGACACAGCGUGCCCAGUAAGUCGGUUUGUUAGCUGUGAAGAGAUAAAGGAUCCUAAUAAUGUACAAAUUUGGUGUAAAGUAAAUGGUGAAAUGCGACAAAAUGAAACCACUUCAGAUAUGGUUUUCCCCAUUGAAUCACUUAUCAGUCAUAUAUCUCAAUAUAUGACUCUGGAACCUGGUGACCUCAUUCUCACUGGAUCACCUGCUGGUGUUGGCCCCAUUGGACCUGGACAUGUUAUAGAAGCAGGAAUUGGGGAUGAUUUAUCAAUGUUAUUUCCAGUUAGGGCUCUUUAGUGUUCAGCUAAUCUAAAAUAUAGUACUUGAGCAUUAUUUUAUGUUGUUAUGAAUCAGUGUACAUAUAUGUACCAACACACACAACCUUAUGUAUGAUUAUUAGAAAUGAUAUACAAUAUCUUAGUAUUAGUAGCUACAUUUCAUAAACUUAAAGGCCAUUAUCAGGCUCUACAUACGUAUUUUAAUGAAACCACUGUUAGACGUAGUGAAACAUCAAUGCAUACAAAUGAAUUUGACUAACAUGAUAUUAUGAUAGCCAACCAGAUGUUCACAACAGUAGAUAACAUGAGACACUGCAUGAAGUGCAACAUAUGGGCAAAUAGACCCCGGAACUACUACCUUGGCAUAUGAACCAGGUGCAGUAAUGGUGACUAGUAUCAGCAAUUUUAUAAUUCUCUAAUUCUACACACAAGUUUUAAAUUUUAAAUUUAAGUCCAGUACAAAACAUACCAAUAUAUUGGUCAAUAUUAACAACUUUAAGCAUCUAAUAGCAGUUUCAUUUACUUACUUACUCAUGGAACUGAGCCCUUCUGAAGGAGCCGCCAAUUGUGCAGCUACUCAAUUUCCCAGCAUUUUAUGGAACCCGAAGGUUCAUUACUAUGUUCACGAGAGCCCUCCACUGGUCCCUAAGCAGUUUCAUUAGAAUACAUAUAUUGUGCCCUGAUGAUGGGCUUCAGGGUCAAAAAAUAUAUGUGCUGGUAUUAAGAUGUUUAUAAUUUGUAAUACCUGUAUACAAGUUCAUGAUUAUAUAUAUAUACUGUCAUGUGUUAGUGACUGAACAUGGGAUUGGGGUUGGUAAUUGGAAUUUAUUCAACUCAUAACUUGUCAUAAAAGCUAACUACAAUAGUUUCAUGGAUCUACACCCUCUACAGAUCACUGUACUGCAGGACAUAUAAUGCUUUCUACAUCUUCCCCAAUCAUUGCCUCGUAACGGCUGCUAACAGUGUAGAUUGCUCCUCUUAGAUACUCAAAUCCUUACUGGCUGGUGACUGUCUCACAAUUAACUCAUGGUGAUAACUAACUCUCAACUGACUACUAACUGGCUGGUGUCCUUGUAUAGCCUCAGCAUGGACCACAUAGAAAAUACAGCUUCAGAUCUUGCGUGAGUAUUGAGCCGUUACCUAGCAGCAAAUGAUAUCUUCUGGCUCCAUUAUUCUGGCUUCAAUUUAUCUACAGAAUUUGAAAUGUAACUUGCCUACAAAAACACAUCAUAGACAUCUACUUCUUGGAACAUAUUAUCUUCACAAUUAUAAUGGACUUAACAAUGAUACAUCAGACAAUAUUAGUAUAGUGAGCUGUAUGGAAAUGAAGUGUAUACCUUGUAAAUAAAAUAUAAAAUGACAGUAAAGAAUUUACAUAUGUAAAAUGGA